AUGUCUUCAACAGAUAUCUUAAAAAAUGAAAAUAAUAAUAAUAAUAAUAACAAUAGUGUAACAAAUAAUGUUGUUGCUGCUGCUGCUACUGUUGAACAAAACAAUAAUAACAAAAAUAAUGAAACAAUAACAACAUCAAUAGCAUCACUUAUCAAAUCAAUCUUUGAUGAGAAAGAAUCAAUCUAUUUCUGUGAUACAUAUUGUGAGGUUGCAAAGGCAGUAUUUGCUGAAUCACUUACAACCCUCACAGAAUUUAUACUAGAGAGAGACAUUGCCAAUGUAAACUAUCAAAUAUCAGCUGAUCUAAAGAGAAACGGACCGAAUUUCUUUACAAACCUUUUACCAAAACAAGAAAAGACAACAAAAGUAAAGACAACAACAACUAAUAAUAAUAAUAAAAAGAAUAAAAAGAAUAAGAAUAAAUCAGAGAGUAAAACAACGAUUGUUGAAGAUCCAGCUGUAAUUAUGAAUCGUAUGAUGCUACUGUUUGCAACUGCCACCGGUAAAGUAGAGAUUCUAAAGACGCUGCUGGAGAAGGGUGCCGGAGUUUUGAUAAAUGUUCCCGACCCCAUCAGUAAGUUGACGCCACUUCAUAUCGCUGUGAUGGCGGGUCGACCAGAGAUGGUAGAGCUACUCGAGAAGAACGGUGCCGACCCGAUUUGUAGCGAUGCAUUCCGUGCGCGACCCAUUGACUAUGCGUACUUGCGUGGAUUGCCAAAGCAACCGAUGCCACCCGCAUCCGUAGCCAUCUACAACUACAAGAACGACAGUGCACUCCAGCAAUGGACAAUCGAUCGGUUAGAGAGAGAACUCUCGAUUGUCUACUGUCCUCGAAUCUUGGCAACCACCAACUACCUGGUGGAGAUGUGUUUCAGUUCGAUGGAGAUCAACGCCGACAUGGCGUUCCGAUCAAAGUAUCUCGAUUUGAUAAAUAAGACCGGGGGUGAGGAGAAUGUAAUAUUGGGAUGGAUUGGCGAGCAGGUUGGUUGGGGUGUCUACGCAGCCAGAGAUAUUCAUAAGGAUCAAUUCAUUGUGCGGUACGGUGGACGUCUCACUAACAACGAAUCGAUGGUCACCGCUUGUUACAACAUGAUGACAUCGAUGGAGGAUUUCGGUUUGGAUGCCUAUCGCUAUCGAUCGAUGGGUGGUAUGAUCAACCAUUCAUCGAAACACGCCAAUGCAGAGUCGAUCUGUAUGUUUGAGUACGGUGCAGAACAAGCUAUCAUCACAGCAACCAAAUUCAUACCAAAAGGUCAGCAAAUUUUCAUAAACUACUCAAAUUCCUUCUGGAAACCAGAGGCUGCCAAUGACGAAAAAGAACAACUUGAUAUGAUAGAAUUGGGUGGAACUAAUAAUUAUCCAUCAAUAAUAACAAAUUUAAAAUAA